CAGCUUCCUGGGUUGGCUCAGAUCGCUAAGGAGGGGCUCCCACACAAAGACUGGCUUGGGAGAAGAGCACCGGCGCUGCUGCGAUGUUUUUAGCCUCUCAUCAAACUCAGGCUCUGUGAGUGAGGGAAGGAGGGAGGAAGACGGUGUCCCUGGCCGCUGCGGUUACUUUAGAUGCUAACAGCAGGUUAUGACAGAGGCAGCCUCUCUGCCGCACAAACAAGAGCACUGCGGCUGCGGAUCUGGACUCAAGCUGCUCCCACACCUUAGGCAAGGAUCAUGGCAGCUGUAGAUCGUCGGCAUGGCCAGCAGAAAGCCUAGAAACAGCCUGACUCCUCUCUGCCUGCCUCAUCCCACUAUGGCCAGCAGGAUUCCCACCAUUAACCUGGAAGCUAGGGAUACUUCACCGAUGAUACCCAAGACUGGCGCUGAUCCUCCAAGUGGGCAGGAUGUCUUCUGCAAGGUUUGCCUCAGCCUGCAGCCGCCUGCAGCCACCAGAGAACUACAGAGCUGCAAGUGCAUGUUCUGUACGGCGUGUUUGCAGCAGUAUGUCCAGCUAGCCAUAAUGGAGGGUGGGGGGGCUCCAAUCACCUGUCCAGAUAUGGCUUGCCCAAAAAGUGGAGUACUGCUAGACUUAGAGAUUGCCAGUUUGGCAGCUCCACAUCAGGAGGAACUAUAUCAGCGUCUGAAGUUUGAGAGAGGUGUAAAGCUUGACCCCAGCAGAGCAUGGUGCCCGGUGUUAGAAUGUCAGGCGGUGUGCAGCGUGCAGGCGAGCACCGAGGGCCAGCCUGCUGCUGUGGCCUGCCCCACCUGUCAUACGGUCUUCUGUUCCAGCUGCAGAGGCCCCUGGGUGGACAGCCACACCUGCCAUGAGCGCCAGCCCAUGAUACCACCCCCACUGUCAGAUGAGAACAGUGACGCGGACGUGUCCAUCAAGCAGUGCCCGGUAUGUGGCGUGUACAUCGAGAGGAACCAGGGCUGUGCACAGAUGUUGUGUAAGAGCUGCAAACACACGUUCUGCUGGUACUGUCUGCAGAAUCUGGAUGGGGACAUCUUCCUGAGGCAUUAUGACAAGGGCCCGUGCCGAAACAAGCUGGGACACUCCAGGGCCUCCGUUAUGUGGAACAGGACACAGGUGGUGGGCAUCCUGAUGGGGGUCAGUAUCAUUGUACUGGUGACAUCUCCACUCCUCCUGCUGGCCUCACCCUGCAUCUUGUGCUGCAUGUGCAAGCCCUGUAGCAGGAAAAAGAAGAAGAGGAAGAGAGACCCCAGCCUUCAAGACCCCUCAUCAUCAUAGCAGCUUCAGCUCCCAUGUGCCUGUACAAUUAUAAUGCCACUAGCCUCAUGAACACCAUAGAAGGUGCAAAGUGCUGGAAGAACUUUGGAAACAAAUAACUGGUUUUUUUUCUCUAUAGACUGGUCUCUUUAGCGGGCUGCCUUGAUAGAUAAAUAAAUACAGACAUCAAUCUUAAACUACGGCCAGACAGCUGUCCAGAAAUCACAUUGUGUACAAAUGUGGAAUGUGAGUCCCAGCGAUUACUUUCCGAUGCAUAGCAGCCAACUGGACAGCUGGGUCUGAAAAUGUUCCUGCACUGGGCUCUCUUUCUUCAACACUCCUCUAUACAUACAUACAUCCAGUUCACAGUACAAAGCCAACCUCAUGUGCCAAACAUCAUGAUGCCAAACUAGAGGUGUUAAGGGCUCAAGUGCCUCUCUCAACAGUGCCAGGUGCUUGGUUAAAUUUUUCUUUUUUUACUUUCAUUCUACCUAUAUCUUAUGCAAAAAAAAAAAAAGCAUUAUGAAAAUUGACUACAGCUGAAGUCACACAGGGCUGGAGAACUUUAGAUAAUGUAAUAAGUUCUUUAUUAAUGGUGAAGGCAAAUAGCAUAACAUUUGCACUUUAAAAUGUGUAUAGAGAUGAGACAUUAUAGGGCAUUAGUGGUGCCCCGAGGACUCUUGAUCUGUAAAUGUCUGUUUCCACCUGGCUUAUGUUCCAGACCAAAGGCUGUAAUAUAAAAUCUGUACUUUGCAAAAAUGUGUUAAUUUAAUAUUUAUGAUUUAUCUGUCUAUUGUAUCAUUUCUACAUUUCUGUUGAUGUUUUAGCAUUUUGUAAACGCUCCAUUCCAAAUAAAAAAUAAGUGUAAAAGUUG